AUGUCCCAAAAGUAUAUGAGCGCGGUUACGGAAAUAAGAAAAGUAAGCUUUGGAUAAUUUGGAAACGUCAGUCAAAUCGUGUUGUUGUUGCCAGCUAUUUUUGAUGAAUUAUGGAUAAGGUGGAUAACGUGGAUAGCACUGAGGAUGCGGAACCGUCAUCAACAUCCGAAGCCAAAAAGGAAUGCGCCAUAUGCCUGGAAGAGCUGGACAGCAACGUAAAAGCGCUGGAGUGUUCCCACAGUUACCACGAACGGUGCAUCGAUAUGUGGCUCGAGAAGAAGGGAACCUGUCCGACAUGCCGGCACGUUACCAAAAUCGGUCCUCGCCGGCUGAUGAUCGCCGCUAGAAGGCAGGCGCGCAGAACCAGGAGCUACCAGCUGCAGUCCAGGUCGAGUCGGGUUCAACGUCUGCUGGAACGAAUCACGGAGCAUACGGAUGAGUGACGUUUCGAACGUUAGAUUUCAAAAUUCUAGUUUGUAUAUUUUUGACUCUGCUUGGGUUUUAUUAAAACUGUGAACAUCUA